UUUGCUCUUCUUCUCCCUCGUACCGGUACUAUUCUCGCUGUUGGUCUUCAUUGCAGCAGCGACCUGCCGGCCGAGCGGAGCAGCGCUUGUAACAUGAAAACCACAGAUACGUGCUUAUAACUGAAGCCCAACCACCUUCUUCCCUGCCCUAGUAGAAUCCUUUGUCCUUUUUCAGUACUACUACUCGCCAUCGAUCUGAUCCGAGAAAUACACAGUCUACAGAGAGCAAGAACCUGUGAGCAUUCGUUCCCUCUCAGCCUCAGAGUACAUCCUGAAGAUUUCCAGGCUGCAUGUUGGACUUUACAAGGCAACUAUAACUAGUGAGGAUAUGAAUUGGUGUUGCCUUCCGAAAUCCAGCAAAGACGAGAACCCAUACUCUCACUCCAUAGGUGGCAUUUAUUCUGAGAAGAACAUAAGGCUCUUCUCCUAUGGUGAGUUGAGAUCUGCAACAGACAACUUCAAUCGCACAAACAAAGUUGGCCGAGGUGGAUUUGGGACGGUAUAUAAGGGAACAAUUAGAAACGGGCAAGAGAUUGCGGUAAAAGUCCUUUCUGCUGAAUCCAGGCAAGGCAUCAGAGAAUUCUUGACAGAAAUUGAUGUCAUUAGCAAUGUGAAGCAUCCCAACCUUGUUGAAUUAAUUGGCUGUUGCGUUGAAGGAAAUAACCGAAUUUUGGUGUAUGAAUAUCUUAAAAACAGCAGCCUCGACCGUGCACUGUUGGGUUCUAACAGUGAACCUGCUAACUUUACUUGGAGCAUAAGAUCUACUAUAUGCAUUGGAGUUGCUACAGGUCUUGCAUACCUGCAUGAAGAGAUUGCAUCACCCAUUGUACACAGAGACAUCAAGGCUAGCAACAUACUUCUUGACAGAAAUUACAUCCCCAAGAUCGGAGAUUUCGGUCUGGCCAAGUUAUUUCCUGAUAAUAUCACCCACAUCAGUACCCGUGUAGCUGGAACAACAGGUUACCUUGCACCUGAAUAUGCCCGGCAUGGCCAGUUAACUAAGAAAGCAGAUAUAUACAGCUUUGGGGUCCUUGUGCUCGAGAUCGUGAGCGGCAAAAGUAGUUCAAGGAGCCUACUGACUGAUGAUCAAGUUCUCAUAGAGAAGACAUGGGAGCUAUAUGAAGCAAAAAGGCUCAUGGAACUGGUUGAUACAUCCCUGGAAGACUACCCUGAAGAUGAAAUCCUCCGGUACAUCAAGGUCGCGCUCUUCUGCACCCAGGCGGCGGCGGCACGGAGGCCGUCGAUGCCGCAGGUCCUGACCAUGCUGUCGAAGCCCAUCCGGAUCAACGAGAGCGAGCUGACGGCGCCGGGAUACAUCCACGACAUGACGACGGUGUCCAAGGCGACCACCUCCAGCACCUCAAGGUUCAAGCACUCGGGAUCGGAGGAUUCCAACACGUUCAGCAUGGUUGUUCCACCAACUGUGUCUGAGAUGAGCCCCAGGUGAAGCAACACCAGACAGAUCAGCAGAUGUAAUACUUGCGUUGUAAACUGGCAACUAUGUAGAGUGAAGGACCUGACGGUACAUAGAGUGCAUGUGUAGUGGUGUUUUCUUCUGCCAAUGCGGCAGCUAGAUCUUGUAAAUAUAGAUUAGUGAUUCAUGUCAUAGCAAUGCAAUGCAAGAUUGUCACUUGUUGCA